UUUUAGAACUACAAUGCCGCGAAGAGGCCCAACGCGGGCGCCCGUGGCGCGCGAGUACCUACUCGAGGUCGCCGGGUGGCUCUAUCUUGCUCUUUCGCUAAGUCUGAGCGUCUACGCCAUAGACCUGUUUGCGCCGUACAUGGAGAACGGGCUUUUCUGGCCGCAUUUUGACGCACUCAACACACUGGGACUUCUUGGCGCCGUCUUGAACCAGCAUCUUGGCACGCUCCACUCGGGUUCGAACCCUGUCCCGAUCGACCUAUUAGCACCCAGCGCGUCGAUUUGGCAGCUCGCCUCGAUGGGUGUCAACCCGGCCUACCCGCGCCUUUUACUCUACCAAGAGCUCACUGACCUAGCGGUGGCGAUUCCGGGCUUGCGGCGCCUCGAUCCCAGUGCUGUCUCGUUCAUGAUCACACCGUACUGCUGGGUCGAUUUGCAGCGGCGCUACGUGCUCGCGCAUACGCCGCGUCGGCUUGAGCGCUGUGUUUCCACCGACGUCGACAACGGUGCCGUGUACCUCGAAGCCGUUUUGCGAAAUAUUGAUGUGGACGCGUGGAAUAUUGCGUCCGGGGGCGCCUUCGCCACCAAGAUUGCGUCAUCGAUUACCGCGUCGUCGGCCGAGGGGGCGUCAUGGGUCGAUGCCAUGUACCACCACACGUUGCUCGCUAUCGAUGACGAAAGAGCGUACUGGGAGGCGCGGGGACUUGGUCGUUUUCAACUCCAGUAUGGCAACCGCGUCCAGCUAGGUAUCAACGAGAACGUCGCCAUCAUGAACGCGCUCGGAAUUACGUACGACUUGCCGGUGACGUCGAUCCGCGCGCUGCGCCGUGGUGCGUCGUGGACGACCUCGUACAUGUACCAGAGUCUUGGCAACGACUUGAAUGCGAUUUGGCCCAACCAAAGCCUCGUGGUCAAUACCGCAACGUAUUUUGGCUGGGAAGAUAUGGACGAGCUCGUCGCCUACGACGUGGGCAUGCCCCUGAACGCGGUCAACCAGGUCAUCACGUUGUCCUUGGGUCCGCUCAACUCGAUCGAUUUGCGCUGGCUGCGCGUGCCACCGCGGCUCGCUGACGCCGUAUCGCAGUUUGACGCCCAGCUCUACGAUCUGGUUGCAAAUAACGCGACACUGUACGAGGCACUGGCGUCCUUGCCGCUUCUAAACGCCGUGGUUGUCCCCUAUAAGUGGCAAGAUCCCUCACUGCGCUUUGUGAGCGGCAACCUCAUGUGCAGCAACGGCGCGCCCAUGCCAUUUGUACUACGGGCCUUUGGCUUUGACGACGCGUGCGGAACACAAGUCCCGGCGGAGUUUCCACUCUCGGCGAUGAAUACGCUCUUUGCUUUGCACAUGGUGGACGGACAACUGGACGAUAUUUGCGCUCAAGUGCCAACCCAAGUCGCCUUGUGCGAGCGACUCUUGCCGCAUCUCACAUACGUGUACCGCCUCUUGGCGCCGUUCUUGUCGCACAUUGAUCAUGUAUCGCUGCACGAGUUGCAACUGGCCAAAGUCCAAGUUGUCCUCAACGGCUCGGCCCUCUCGCUGCAAACGGUGCUCCUCUUGGGUGAGCGCUUUGACUUUUUCGGCUAUAUCAAUGUGUACGAUUGGGCCCACAAUAUACGCGAAGCACUUGCGUUCGAGGGCGAUGUUCGCACAUUGCACUUGGUCUCGUAUGCGUAUACCCCGCUGUCACCCCCCAGCAUUGGCAUUCGCACCAACACCAACGUGGGCAAGUACCUCUGGAUCACGUCCAGUGUCGUGACAGGGGUCCUCGGGGCCAUCGGAUGUCUCUGCCUCCUCUUGGUGUGCCGCCAUCGCCCGCGCCCGGGGACAACCCCGUGGUUUCUUUUUUCACGGCUCGUGUCGUCGGUUUGGCUCAAUCGAACGCUGCUUGGCGUCCGUGCGAUGACCGCGCUGCUGUGUCUCUCGACGGCCCCCCUUGUCCCGAUGGUUGUCCACAGCGACGUGUGGCAGCUGCAGUGGCAGCCCCGAUCGAUGUUGGCAUCGGCCGUGCUCGCCAGCGAAGCGUCGUGGCUGACAUACGUUGCUUACGAAGUGCUGCAUCCGUUGACGUCGGGCUACACCCACCACGCGGCGAUGGGCAGCGCCGUCAUCACGUGGGGAAUGGUCCUUCUUGUCGACGCGUGGGCCCCCGUAAAGGUCGCGGCGUCGGUCCACCGCCGCUGCGACUUGUUCAACAUGGACUGGCAACUGGAGUGCUGCAGUGCCAGCGUUCGUAUUGGGUCCUUCGAUCAGCUAGUGUCGCUGGUCUUACUGCAGCUCUUUGGCGUUUUCGUUGGCUAUGUGGUGGCUGUAUGCGUCAAGCGAUGUCGCCGGCAUCGACCAACGGUGGCGCCACUUCAACGACCGCCCUCGCUCCUACUCCAAGGCUCGGUCCACGCCUUUGGGGCCAACACCACACCGACAUUGAACUUUGCCGCUUCUGCGAUGGCAGGUCUCUUUUUAACGACGUGGGAUGGCGCCUACUGCGUGUUUGAUAUCAACCGGUGGAUGUACUUGCCGCUGGAAGUUGUACAAGAGAGUGUCCCGUUCAUGGGCCGCCAUCUCACGGUAUUUACAACGAUCGUCUCGUCAGCGUUUGGCUCGAUGCCAGCGCUGCACCGCGUCUCCAACGCCACCCCCGUGACGUUGAGCACGAGCUUGGAGGUGUUUGCUGCCUGCGCGUCGCAGCGGUUUUGGCACCUCGUUGGCUUUCUCUAUGUUAUGGGCACACUCUCGAGCAACAUUGCGUAUUUUAACGUUGUCUUGACGAGCUUGAGCAACGAUUAUGGCUGGGCCGGCUACAACAGCUCGGGCAUGCAACCGUUCUUGGCCAAUGUGUUCAACCGCCAGCUUCUCCUGGCGUCGUCCUUGGAGCAGCGAUCGCCGCUGAUGCUCGACGACCCGGGUCUGGGCGAUACGAGCCAGCUCUACAAUGGCUCGAGCACGGUCAUCACGUGGAGUGACGGCGCGGCGCGUCGUCAGCUGUACGCGUCAUCGCGUCUCUUGACCGAGGUGGUCAUGGAUUUGCGAAACAUGGAUCCGUGUGCCUUGCCGUGGAUGUCAACGCAGUACUGCUGGUUGGACGUGCGUCGUAUAUGGUCUAUGGCGUCCACGUUGCAUCGACAAGCGCGGUGCGAGACCUCGGCGAUGCGAACGAAUGGUGCCGUGUAUCUGGAGACAGGACUCCGGAAUCUCAACGACUGGGAUGUCUGGAUGCGCUGCUGGGGCACGUCGUUUGAGAUUGGGUUUCAGCGGCACCUGGAAACGUCGCUCGAAGGAAGAGAGUGGCUCACGACAGUACCCUCAGCAAUGGUCCACACUUCGAUCCCGGAUGAAGUCGACUUUUGGCAAAAGCAUGGUAUUUCCACGUACCAACUGCAGUGGCAAAACUACAAGUCACUCGGCAUGAUCGAUACGAUUACGAUUGUGAGCGCACUCGGUCUCUCGUACCCGCUGCUGCUCAGCCAGUCGGACGGCGCCUACCAUUGCCAGCAGCAAACAAGCUACAAGCUCUACUGGACGUUCGCAAGUGAUCUCUGGGCCAUCACACCGAAUGCCACACAAAUUAGCGCGUCAAGUCUCUUGCGCGCGAGCGCAGCGUUCGCCUUUGCCAACGUCACGCGCGCCGCCUUGUUGGUGGACAAUACGACACUAUUGUCGCCGUUGAACCCAGGGUUCACGCUUCUGGACGCAUCCAUGGGUCCAUUUGGCGCGAUCGACAGCUACUACGUCCCAUGUCCCUCAAGUUUGCUAUGGUUUUAUACGGUUGUCUCACAGCGCAUCACCCGUCUUGUCGCUGAAGACGCAUCGGCGGCAGCAGCCUACAGUGUCCUCUCGGCGCCGCCGUGGUAUGCCCCCGUGCCGCACCACCUCUUGCACGCAACCACUAUUCAAUUUACCGGUGGGAACGUGCUCUGUGGCACCGACACCAAGCCGUGGCUACCCGAGAACGGCCUCUACCUCGGCUACAGCGUCACCAACAUGUGCAACGCAGUCUUUUCAGAUCGACUGGAGCUGUCGCUCUUGCAAAAGCUGGUCGUACUCGCCGCAAUGAACGCGUCGGUAUCAGACAUGAACACGACGGCGAUCUGCGCGCUGGACACGCGAACCCCCGCCAACUGCACGGCGCGUCACGCGGGCACCCUAAAUUUUCUCUCGAGUGUCGGUGCGUCAGUCGUCGACGCGUCCUUGCCGCUGCUUGUGACCGAUGCAAUGCGCGCUGUCGAUGCACUCGACGUGAUUCUCGUUCAGUUUCUUCUCGACACCAACAGCAACGUCACCUCCCUCGCACGCUUACCUCUUCUCAAUGCAUCGGACGCUGCGUGGACGUUCUACGGCUGGUGCUACCUUGUGGAAUGGGUCGUCGGGCAUCGCGAUGUCGUGGCAUUUCAUGGCGACCUUGGCAACCUCACCGUGCUCUCGGCGGCAACCGGUCCGAUCGAGGUGCGACCGGACCCCAAUGGUAUUCCACAAAGCUUUUCGUUCUUAUGUCUUCUGUGUGUACAAUAUGUAACUUGUACGCUCAUUGGCGUCAGUGUUCUUGUCGCCCUCUCGACGCUCUACCACCGCGGGUACAUUGAGAGCUUCAACUUGCUGUGCAUCAACCGCGUCGUCGGGCUCGUUUGGGUCGGCCGUCCCAUCAUUCUCUUGCGGUCGCUCACAGCCAUUUGGCUCCUCAAUACAUCGCCACUGCCGCUGCUCCACCAGAACGGCGUAACCUUUGUGAAAGCGCCGCCAUUGGACUCGUACAAAGCGCUCCUCGCCACGUCCGAACUCACUUGGUUUGUCUACGUCCUCAACGACGUUGGAAGCGCGCUCACGCGGCAGUACACGUACUCGUAUGGCUCGGUUAGCGCCAACUGGACGUGGGUGCUUGCCUCGCUCUGGACGCUGCUGUCGCCGCAGCCGUACGACGCAUCGAUGCAGCGCAAGUGCGCGGCUCUGAAUAUGGACUUUGCGCUCUAUUGCGACAGCGGCACCAUUGUACUCGGUGACCAGCGCCGCUGCCUCGAGUGUAUGGGCUUGGCACUCGUGGCGUGUGUGGUUUGCUACCUGUAUGCGCGCCGAUCGUCACCGAAUUUGACACCAAUUUUUACGCCUCCGCUCUUGCUCAACGCCCAGGGUUAUCACAUGCUCACGUUCAAACACUGGGUGGCCAAUGGCGUCUACUACAUUGACACGACGUCGGCCAUCAUGGCGGGCGUCUUGUCGUGGAAGGGCCAGGGGCACAUCUACCUCCUCGAUAUCAAGACGUGGCGCUUCGUGUCAACCGCGCUCCCGACGCCCCGGCCUCAAUCCCGCGCGGCCAAAGAAGAGCGCUUUGCGCAUGCCUUUCCGCUGCAUCUCUAAUAGUUU